CUCGCGAGUGAGGUCGAUCCUCGUCUACCAUCACCAUACUUGUGUACUGUGCCAUCAUCUCAAGAUACACGACAGCGCCAUUCUUUGUCCUCAAAUUUGGACGAGCGUGUCUGUGCUUUCCAGCCUAGAUUGCGCGCCCUUUAGGUGAUCAAGACGACUACACAGCUGCCCUUGACGAGGUUCGACCUCGAGGUCGAUUGCAAAGGGGACAUAUCCAAUUCCUCUUGACCCUCUACGGUCUCUCAGCUGUCCGACCCCUCGAACGUACGAGCGCACCCCACCUGAACAGGUCGACUCUCGCUUCGUCGCGUUAUUGUUCCAUCGCCACUUUGACGACUCAAGAUGGACUUUCGAUCAAUGAUGCAGAAUUUGGGUGGAGCAGGAGGGGGAGGAGCAGGCGGAGGUGGGGGAUUACCAGGCGACACACCACAGAAUGACAAUGCGGAGAAGAUCUACAUUUCAUCUUUGGCUCUCCUCAAGAUGCUGAAGCACGGACGAGCAGGCGUUCCGAUGGAAGUGAUGGGGUUGAUGCUGGGAGAGUUCAUCGAUGACUAUACGGUCACUGUGAUCGAUGUCUUUGCUAUGCCUCAAAGCGGAACAGGAGUCAGCGUGGAAGCCGUCGAUCCAGUGUUUCAAACCAAAAUGCUGGACAUGCUCAAACAGACCGGAAGACCGGAAAUGGUCGUGGGUUGGUACCACUCCCAUCCCGGUUUCGGAUGCUGGCUAUCAAGCGUGGAUAUCAACACUCAACAAUCGUUCGAGCAGCUGAAUCAGAGAGCUGUUGCGGUCGUAGUGGAUCCCAUUCAGAGUGUACCUGGGAAGGUGGUGAUCGACGCUUUCAGGCUCAUCAACCCUUCCACUGUCAUGCUUGGACAAGAACCUCGACAAACCACUUCAAAUGUCGGACAUUUGAACAAACCUAGCAUCCAGAGUCUUAUCCACGGCCUGAACAGGCACUACUACUCCAUCGCAAUCGGUUACAGAAAGACAGAACUGGAACAGAGCAUGCUGGGAAAUCUCCAUAAGCGGGGAUGGAUGGAAGGCCUGAGGUUGAGGGAUUGGGGGGAGCACAAGGAGAACAACGAGAAGGCCAUUGAACGCAUGUUGGCACUAUCCGAAGCGUACAACAAGUCGGUACAGGAAGAGAGCACAUUGUCAGCCGAGCAACUCAAGACUAGACACGUGGGCAAACAAGAUCCAAAGAGACACUUGGAGGAUGCGGUGGAGCAGGCUAUGGGAGACUCGAUUUUGCAGAGCUUGAACGCUAUGCUUCUUGCCGAGCUUUGAGCGGGAUCCCCACGUCGGUAUGGACGGUCCGACUGUAAAUAAGGGGGUUGAAUGGAGAGCGUGAGCGAAUCACCAUGUUGUUCAACUCGUCCACCUUGCCUGGAGUGGGUCGAGACUGGGCGUGCGAUGAGGCGGCGAUUGCAGGAGAAGAUUUGUGCUCGACUUUGUGAUGGGUUUGGCUGGAUUACGUGCGCCAGUGUGCUGCCUCUUGCGAAAGAUCACGGAGUGGACAACAAGGACUGAAUGACACUACCCAG